AUGGAAGAUGGAGACUACGACCCCAGCACGGCAGCAUUGUCGAUAAACGGUAACAACGACAAUGGCGGUGCCAACACAAACAAUGGAGAACGCACAGGACGGACACGAUCUAUGAGCACUAGCACGAGCAACAGCAACCACCGACGCAGCAUGUCCGGCUCGCUCUUAUCGAAACUGUCGUUCUUACGGACCACGAACCAAGCAACGACAUCACCAGAGCAUACCAAUAACCAGUCUGCAGCUAUUAAUGGACGGGGGUAUGAUGACGGCGAUGGCGGUGAUGAUGUCUCUUCCGAUGGAACAAGUAACUUGCGCGGCGGGAAAGCGAUGGCGAGUGCGUUACAGCAACAGCGGAGGACACGGAGGAGGAGAGGAUCGUUGCGCAAGACGGCACUGUUGGGCACGCGCUUUGAGUCCAAGAAGACGAUUAAGGGUGCCGGUGGUAACAAUAAUAUGAUGGACAUUUGGCGGAGCGAGGAUGCUGCGAAGAGUAUAUCGCCGCGACCGUUUACCAAUUCCGUCUCUGCUACGGGUGGAACGGAGCCCAUGUCGCAGUCGCAGGGAUCUUUUGAUCGGGGAGGUCGUGAGAAUAACCCGCGAUGGGGAUAUGUAAGUGCGCAGCAGAGGAGGGUUUCUCGAGGCUCGUUUUCGCGCCAUGAGCCAAAUCUCGCCCGGAACAAGGUACUCGGUGACGAGACUGUUACUGACGAUGAGGACAUGGUCUCCUUCAUGCGCCGCGAUAACGUUGAGAACAAAGAGAAUGACAACCCGAAGAUUAUUGCGGCAGGCUUACAGCACAACCCCCUCACAUCGCCCUCUUCAAGCUCAGACUCAUACUAUGCUCUCCAACCAAACUCGACAUACGGAGCUGUCCACCGCACCAAGUCCCCCCUUGCAACUCACCACCACCCCGCCGACCAUCAAGACAUAAUAUGGGACUAUUCCGAAACCGAAUGGUGGGGAUGGAUCAUCCUAAUUGUAACUUGGCUCGUCUUCGUCGUGGGGAUGGGAAGCUGUUUCGGGGUCUGGAGCUGGGCCUGGGAUGUUGGAGAGACACCAUAUGCACCGCCGGAGCUCGAGGACGACCCGACGCUGCCGAUUGUUGGGUAUUAUCCGGCGUUGAUUAUAUUGACUGCUGUUAUGUCGUGGGUGUGGGUUGUUGUUGCUUGGGUCGGGAUGAAGUAUUUCAAGCAUGCGAAUAUAUCGGGAGAGGAUAUUUAA